UCCCCACUGGAAUCGGAACUCUCCCUGCUUUCCCCUUUGCUCGGGGACGGGCUUGAACUCAGGAGGGGAGGGACUUCGCGAUAUCCCCUGUCCCUCACAGAAGUGUUCCUGGAUAUAGCAGACAUCACCCUAGUCUCUCACUCUAGACUUGCUUUUCAUGGACAGACCCAAGGUGGAUGGUACUUCCUCAAGGCUGCCCACAACUGUGUCCCAUUUAGCUGCAUUCUCUACACCCAUUUGUGGGCAGCCUGUGGAAGUACCAUUCCUAUCCUCAAACAGCUGGUUUGUUGAGUUUCCCAGGGGGUUCAGAGGAUAGGAAAAGGACCCCCUUCAACUCACAGCUCUAUCUUCACCCUAUGUCCUCUUCUCCUUCCUCCAGCGUACCUUGUUCUUGCAACUAUAAGCAUGCCUUCUUCCAAGUAAGAUUCCAGUGGAACCAAUGGAAACACAUUUUGCGUCCUUAUCUGGGUUCCAGAGACGUUCCAUAAAAGCUGUGGAAAAUUAAUAUUCCAUGGCUUGUCCAUGGACAAUCUGAUGUUGCAAUAUCUGAUGUGGUCUGGGGUUUGCUACAGCAUAUCUGGCUACAGUGUGUGUUUUAAGUGUGGUUGGCACUUCUGAAAACUUUCACACCAGCAAAUGAUAAGGAGGAUGUGCUUUAGAACUGCUAGGUUGGCAGGAGCUAGGACCGAGCAAUGGGAGCUCACCCUGUCGCAGGGAUUCGAACCGCCGACCUGAUCAGCAAGCCCUAGGCUCUGUGGUUUAACCCACAGCACCACCUGGGUCCCCUGGUUAGGUGUAUACAAGAAGGGAAAAACACUUUGCUAGCUUUGUCUGUGAUGAAAUACCCUAAAUAUCUCUUUAACCUUUAGGCAUGGGUGGUUUCCACAUUUGAAUCUGAAGUAUUGUGUAAAACUGUACAAGAGAAAUCAUUGCAACAUAAUAAGCUGCUACUGCAGAUUUGUCCAAAGCAUUGUUUACUUACAUAGCUUGUAACACAAGACUCCCAAGUUGUGCUCAGUAACAGAAGUAUCUUAGCUCGAAGUAUCUAAAGCUGCAAUCUUUCCUUAUUCCUAGAUACAGUGGAAUUUACUUCUGAGUAAACAUGCAUAGGAUUGCAGUGUUAGAGACAAGCUUUUGUACCAUCUCCUAUUGUGGCCUUUGCAGUUAUUUGAGAAGAGAGGGCUUUGUGUUAUAUUUCAUUUACCGGUAUGUGCUAAGUAGAACUGAGCAUGUCUUUCCAGAUUUUUUUCAAAGCUCAGCAUUUAUUAGCAUUAGGAAACGAGUGAGUAUCUGGAUUCUGACCUUCUGCUCUGGAAAUGUGUUGUCUGUGGGGCUGCCUUUGGAAACUAUAGUUAAUACAGAAAAUGGCAGUUGAAUUGCUAACUGGGAAUAGAUGUGAAGCUCAUAGUUUCCCUGUAUGAUGCCAGCUGCACUGACCCUAGUCCAUUUUGGGGCACAUUAAGAAGUGCUGGUGUUCUUUAAAGCCCCUGGUGGGUAUUUGAGGCCCCUGUGCAUGCCCUUGCCAGCAGAAGCAAGAUAAGUGCCUACCACUGAAGAGACUCUUUCAGUGAUGGUGCUCCAGUUGGGGUAUGUUCCAAAAACGGUUUGCCUGGUGCUUACCUUCCUGUCCUCUCCUGAGUCUUUUGGAUGCAGUUUCAAUCCUACUAACAGCGUCAUGCUUUUGACUUUUUGCGCUUGUGUGUGUGUGUUUAAUUGUUUUAUUCGUUUGGUAAACUGCCCUGCUUCCUGCCAACCUAGCAGUUUGAAAGCACGCUAGUGCAAGUAGAUGAAUAGGUACCGCUCCGGCGGGAAGGUGAACAGCGUUUCUGUGCCCUGCUCUUUUUUCGGUGUUCUGUUGUGCCAGAAGCGGCUUAGUCAUGCUGGCCACAUGACCUGGAAAAACUGUCUGCAGAAGCGGACAAAUGCCGGCUCCCUCAGCCUGACAAGCGAGAUGAGCACAGCAACCCCAGAGUCGUUCACGACUAGACUUAACUGUUAGGAAUCCUUUACCUUUACAUUUUUAAACUGCUCUGCUAUAUAAUUUUGGGGUGGUAUUAAAAUGCUUACAAUAUUUUAUUUGUUUGAUUAUGUAUUCUCUGGAAACUUUCAUAACACUCUUAAGAACAGAGGUAAAAUGCCCAAGUAAUAGCCACUGAAUUAACGUCCAGUGCCUGAACUCACUAUGAGCUAUUUGCUAAUUCAGAAGUGGUGUUGGAAUGAUAAGCUGCAGCGAAUGGUGGCUUUAACUGCUAAUAACUUAUGGAUGAGGGACAUGGAUAUUGAAUGCUUUUGGUGAGUCAGCAUUUGAAAGACAUACAUAAUCCAAAGUGGGUCAGCUGAUACCUGUCAUCGGGCCAGAUGUGUGGGUGAGAAGCAAGCUUCUGAGUUGCACAUAUAACUUCUUGAGGCAGGAAUUUGAAGUAGUAGUGGCAGUAUGUAUGUGAGUCAGAUGGGCCUCUGUGAGUGACUCAGGCCACAUACUUCCUUCCCUCAGCCCCAAAUCAGCUUAAUCUCCAGUUUCUUGAAUUGUGGUAACUUUUGAGGAAGAGUAUAACUGUUUGAUUUUUUUUCUUCUCUUCCACAGGAAGGAGGAGAUGUCUCAGCAUAGCCUGCCCCCUUUUUUAAAAAAAAUAAUCCAAAAGGCUUGAUGCAAUUGCAUCGUGGUUCAUGCUAUGAUUCUGCAGUUGUGGCUGGCGUACUGCACUUAGCUGGCCUGUGAGUGAUCACUACUUUAGUUAGUUAAUUUUGUUUUCUUCUUGUUUACCUCCUUAUUCCACUUUUUAAGAUUGUCUUCCAAAUGGGCUCACAUUAAUUUUAAACAAAAAUAAGAGGCCGAGCUUGUCCUUAAGUUUACACACUUUUUUUAAAAAAGAAGUUGAGUAUAUAGAUACUCAACAAAGAUAGAGAAGUAAUAUCAGCUUCACAAUGCCAGAAGAAAGGGAUGAAUUACAAACCGGCAUUAACAGUGUGGACCAGGGCAUUGUGCAAUUUUCUUUCUCUUUUUGGUCCUCGGACAAGCUGCAGUUUGAGUUGAGUGUGUUCUUUCUAAUAAAAAGGGGAGAGCAAGUGCCUUUCUUUGGCCAUGCACUUCCCUUUGCCAUGAUAUUCUUCCUGGGUGGAAGGCAGUACGGCCUCCCAGUGACUCUUGGUCCCCUUGCUGGCGGGAGAUGCCAGAAUGUGCUUCCUUUCAGAUCUGCAGUCCCAUUUAUGGUGUGAAGAUCCCCAUUCAUGGCUGGUGUGUAUGUGUCAAAAGAAAACCCACAACAGCACGCAGGGAAUGGAGAAGGAUGAUGGUUCCGUCUGGCAGUGUUUUCUUUCUCAUUCCUUAUUAUAAUGUUUCCUCAUUUCCUUAAGCCACAAUUCAUAUUCAUAUUCAAACUGAUUUGAGGCAACAAGGAUAUAUAUAUAUAUAAAGAAGGGAGGAGGACAGAAGGGCAGAAGGUAGCCUGCAAGCUCAUUGCUUGCUCCCAAUCCCCUAAACCAUGGUUUGGAGGAUCAGGAGUAUGAUGUCUGAAUAGAAGCUCUGAUUAUAUCUCUAGAGUGCCUGAGCAGCAGGAAUCCCGCUUCUAGUUGACACCAUAUGGCCAAUUCAGUGAUGACAUUUUAAUAGACUUCUAUGACAGACAGGGUGUUACCCAGUGAGUUGUUGUGAAAGAACUCGACAUUUUCUUUGAAAUGCCCAUGCCCCCACUCCAAAGAUUAGUUUUGUGAGGCAUUCCUGAAAAAUGAAGAUUCUGGACAUUCUUCCAAUGUUCAUUUGUGAAUAUUUCAUUUUAUUCAGGCGCCGAGCAUGCCCUCCAAAUUAGGCUGCCUUUUGUUCUUACUCUGGCGAUUGGCAUGUUAAGGCCCUUGUCUGAUUGUAUGGGGCUCCUUAUUUUAAUGAGGGCAAGCCUCUUUGCUUGCUGCUCCUGCCAUAUUUUCCCAUUUCUAGAAAGUCAAUGAACUCUCUCAGGCUUGUAGUUAGGACAAAGGGCUUUUUAUGCUCAAUGAAAUUUAUUCCCUGUGACCAGCUUGUGGGAAGCAUAAUACAUUCAUUAGUAAUGCUCUGCUUUUUUAUAUUCUGCCCUCUUUCGUAUGGUGCAGAGAAGAGAACUAUCAACAGGAAAGGGGCAUGUGCUAUUAACAUCCAAGAGAGAAGUUGUGGGACUUCUGCACUGACAGAUAUGAUUAGUUCAGGAUACAGCAUAGCUGUGCUCUCAAACUGACUAUGGCUCAAAACCCAAAUCAACCUCUGACUUAGUCCUAAAUCUGGAGUAUAAGCAAGGAAAGUGCAAUCGCCAUGCAGCAGGCAGUUCAGAUUUGGUUUGGAGAGGAUCCCCCUCUAAGUCCACGAAGUCCGCUGACUCCAAGGCAUGGCCCAGGCUUGGCAGAUGUUUUGCUCUACGACCAGUGGAUCUCUGUCCGACAUGAGGCAACUCUGGUUCCUAUGCAGGAGGACCUGUCCAUCUGGCUCUCUGGCUUGUUGGGGGUAGAACUUACAGCCGACCAAUUGUUGGAAGAUCUUGAUAAUGGUGUGUUGCUGUGCUUGUUGGUUGGAGUCAUUCAAAGCACAGUAAAGGAAAUUUGUGACCCAAAUAAUUUAAGGGAUUUCCCUUUGAGAAAAGUCCCCUGUAAGAAAGAUGCGCCUUCGGGAUCCUUUUUUGCUAGAGACAACACUGCCAACUUUCUCAAAUGGUGUCGCUGCAUUGGCGUGGAUGAGACUUACCUCUUCGAAUCUGAAGGCUUAGUUCUGCAUAAGGAUCCCAGACAAGUGUACCUUUGUCUACUGGAAAUCGGACGCAUUGUAUCAAGAUAUGGAGUUGAACCGCCUGUAUUAGUAAAACUGGAAAAGGAAAUUGAAUUGGAAGAGACCUUAUUAAUGUCCUCUGAUCCUGUUGCUCCUGCUGUCACUCCCAAGUCGUGUUGUCAACAUGGAGAAUUACACGAAGCAGUUAAGCACAUUGCUGAAGAUCCUCCUUGCAGCUGCUCCCACAGGUUUUCAAUUGAGUACCUGUCUGAAGGACGCUACAGGUUGGGAGACAAAAUACUCUUCAUACGUAUGUUACACGGCAAGCAUGUGAUGGUACGUGUUGGUGGAGGUUGGGAUACUCUUCAAGGUUUUCUACUCAAGUACGACCCUUGCCGAGUGCUGCAGUUUGCAACGUUAGAACAGAAAAUCUUGGCGUUUCAAAAAGGUGCUUCCAAUGAGACUGUUCCCGAUUCAUCUGCUAGAGCGCCCCAGCCUCCACUCAUGAAUCCCAUAUCUGCGGUGGAUACGUAUCAGAAACAGAAUUCAAAGCCCUGUACUCCUGUUUCAGAUCCAAAAACUCCACAUGUAACUAACAGAAAACAGGCAGUAGCCAAGUUUCCACAAUCAGGUGGUCUUUCUUCUCCCAAAGUAACAACAUGUACAUCUCCUACAAGCCAGCUUGGACCAGGGCACACCAAGUCAAAAGGCUUAGUAGUGAAUAACAAUAUGCCAUCUUCCAAAUCUUCAGCAGCUGCAUCAAAAAAACCAGCAUCUCCUUCCCAUAAAUCAACUUCGGUUUCAAAAGUUAGGCAACCUGUAAAUAAAGGUUCCGCCUCCUCUUCCUUGUUGAGAACUGCUGUGACUUCAAAUUCGCUUCAGAAACGUGUCUUGUCGCCAGCCAAACUUGCACAUUCCCAGAAUUCUCCAGCUGUUUCGGAUCCUGCCCUUUUUUGUUCAGCAAGUAAGCUUUCUGAGCUACCUGGAACAAAAGCUAAAAGAGUGGCUGUGGAACAAGAUUUUGAUUCUCCUAAUAGCAGAGCUCGGCUUGAUGCUGCAGCCAAAGCUAAGCCUCUUUCAAAAACCUUAGCAAGACCUACAAGGCCAGCUGACAGAAAUCCGCAUGUCCUGAAGCCAACUUUGUCUCAACAGCCUUCUGCAAAACCAGUUCCCAAAAUCACCAUCCAAACAUUACCCGCACAAUCCCACUCACCCAGAGGCAUGCCAGAAAUUAGCCAGGCCAAAAACAUCAAACCUGCUGUUAGCUCUGCUUUGGUUACAGAUGGUAAAUCAACACAGCUGAUGUCUUCGUUGGGAUCGAGGGGUAAAAAUGCAGCCUCAUCUGUUAACAACCAGACAUCUGUCAAAAAUGUUAAGGUCCAAAAUAGCAUGACGAGAACUCCGGUAAUGUCAAAACAUCCCGAGCGUACCCCACUGUCCGUGGUGCGCCUUCCCCAAAAAUCAACCAAAGUUGAAACCAGAAAAAAGGCUAUGCAAAGUGCUAACAGAGAUCAAUCAGCAGUUAAACCCUCUCAGAAUGAGAAAAACCUUCAUCCAGCCACUAAGAAUCCUCUUUCAAAAGUUAAGACUACUGCUGUAACUACUAAGGGGACACCUGGAAGCUUAAAGGACCCAACACUGAAGACUAAGCAGGAUGAUAAUUAUUUUGUUAUGAGUGGAAAUAAGAAACUCAAAAAGUUAAAAUAACUAAGGAUAUUAACCGUUGAUGUUGCCUGCUCUUCCGGUAGCUACUUCAUUCAAGUGUAAAAUGUUUAAAUAACAAUAUGGUAAUCAAGAUAUUAACUCCCUUGUCUAUAAAUGAUGAUGUUUGAUAAGCUACUGAUCGGCCAAGAGUGUUCACCAGAACUUAUACCAGUCUUCUCUAAUACAGUAGUACAUUGAUCUCUAUAGGGCAUCUUACUUUAGUCUGUAUUCUAUGCAUCUUUAGUACAAUUCUGGCAUUCGUGUUUGAUGUGACAAAGUGUUCGUUUCUCAUGACAGAUAUUUCUGAAUUGAUCCCAUGUGCCACCUAGUAUUUUCCUUACCAGGGAAAAACAGUAAGGAGCAGGAUCCUUUAUAGGAGCCUUAUUAGUGUGCACUGGAAGGUACACUUAUCAGGAAUGUGUUCAAUCUCCUGAUGACAUUAGCCCUUUUAGGAGACGUUCUUGUGCAUUGAUUCAGAACUUGGUCUGAAGAUGCUUUUUGUCAAAAGUGGAAUUGGGAAAUUGAGCCUUGUUGUAUCUAAACACUAAUUUCAGCAAGAAUAAGAUGUGAGUAAGUUUUUUUUAAAAAAACAAAUUAGGUAGAAGUAGCCAACAUGCGAGUAGCUUUAUAUUGAGGAGAGAUCAGAGUUAUUAUUAGUAGUAGUUUGGCUUAUCUUCAAUGCUGAACAGAAAUGUUUAGUUAGCCUUAGGGCAUAUCCCGUGCUACAGCUCUGUUCUGUGAUGGAUUUCCAUACGCACAACAGACCUUCCUCCUCCUCUCCUGUCCCCUCCAGCUCCCCUCUCAAAAUCUACUCUGGCGGGUUGGGAGAGUGUCCAGAGUAUAGGGUUUUUUGGGGUGUGUGUGUGUGGCAGGAACAGAAGAAACAAGUUCUGCUGGGGCAGUGGAACUACACAUGCGAAGCACUGGAUACAACCCUUCAUUUUUAAGGGGUAUUUAUUCUAAUUUAAAAGCUCUUAUGCAAGUCCCAUUUAAAUGUUCAAUAAAACUACAUCCCUAAGAACACUAAAAAUUUCUGUCUUAAAACAUAACUUCAGUGCCUUAGCACAUGAUGUGCUCUGUUGUAUCACAAGAUAUUUUAAAUAUCUGGGUUCAGGCGUGUGCCCUAGUUUAUUCAUGUGCAGUUCAAGCCUGUGCUGAUCUCAGCAGGGCUUAAGCAAAUGAAACUCUGGGUCUGAUUGCACAGGAACAAUUUAAUGAACACUGGUGCUUUGUAACUCUUCGGCGUGUCAGUCUUUCUGAGGUGAGUGGAGCUUGUGCAGCCACAGUGCUUAAUGGAUUGCAUGCUUAAAAUGCAUUAGCCAAACCUCCCUAUGGGAGGGAGAACACCCCGUAGAAUUCUAGGAAAUAUGCUUGUGUCUGCAGAAGUGGGUGAGCAACCUUCAGAUAAUAUGAUUUACAUCUGUAAGCACAAUUCAAAUGCCUUUCAAAUAAGCUGCCUACGUGGGUUUUUUAAUAUUUAUAUUGCACAUUACUUCAUGCUAGCUACAUAAUUCAUUCCUUGUUGCAUUUAAUACAGCAUAACCUGCCAUAUGCAGCAAACUUUGGUGCGGAAGUAGCUCGAUCUAAGUGUCUUCAGUACAAAGCUGUACAUUCUCAAGCAAGAUGGUGUUGAUUAACUGCAUGUGUGUAUACCAGCUUGUAUACACCUGUACUUCCUAAAGCAGUAUUUUUUAGACAUUUACCUUUUUUCAAAAAACAACUGUGCAGUUCCUUCUCCAUAGACUUCCCCCCCCCCAAAUGUAGGAGUCAGAAAAAACACUUUCUCACAAAACUGCAUGUUGCACUACUGAAUAUCAAAUCAUGUUUUUAAUUGCAAUGUACAUUGCGAACCCAGGUGAAAUCGAUCUUGAGAUAAUGGAUUCUGCCCAAAAUCACAAAUUAGUAAACCAUUAUUGACUGAAGUGGAAAUAAGCAGCCGCACGCACACACACACCCCGCUCUUCACAUCUGCUCUAGCUGCACUUAGAAAAGAAACUUACGCCUGACUAGAUGAGGCAGAAUGCGUGUCCCAUUGAAAACAAUGCUGUGUGGACAAAAUAUAUCCACAGCUAGCUUUACGUUUUAACAGUUCACUUCCAGUUUACACUCAUUGAUUCUGUACAUGAUAAUUCCACAGGAAUGUGGCUAUACGCACCCUUCCCCUUAGCUGCUUUGGAGUGACUAGUUAUAUAUGGCACCUAUAUAGCUCUUACAUAUACGCCAGUGGUUGGGAGACAAAGUAACUGUUGUGCCUGAAAACUACUUUUUAUUUAUUGGAAAACAGCAGUGAAGAGGUAUUCACACAAGUCAGUGUCUGAUCUUUACUGGCCAUAACAUGAAUAUUCAUUUCUGCACUACCAGUUUCUAUUAUUUAUGGAUUUUUGUAAGUCAAUAAACUGCUGAAAUCUAUGAGAAAUGUGGCAAUGUCGAGUGUUUUUGCUUUUGGGUGCUUUAAUUAAGGCUCAAGCAUGGAAGUCUUUACAGCUAUUUAGUCGCCAAAAAAAGAGAAAAAAGUCUGUUACUGAAUAGUAUGCACAUCAACCUUAAAAAAUAAAGUGAACCAUCCCCUGUUCAUUGCUAUAUUGAUGUGUAUGUGUCAAGUAGCAUGGAAUGGGAUUAUAUGUAAUUUGAAGAUUGUUGUAGUUACC